AUGAGUGAUGAUCGAUUUACUUAUAUUCAUCUUCCACAUGAAACUUCUUUAUGGUGUUAUGUUGAUGAUCAAGUAGAUUGGGCCAUAGACUCUCUAGACGAUCGUUUUGAUCAAUCAGUUUGGGAUCUUAUUCCACCUUAUCAAAAUGAAGAUGAUGAAGGUUUAUUACCAUCCAACGCCCAUCCUUCAUACCCCUACGGAAACCCGUACGAACAAAGCUCAAGUGUGUUAUCGAAUCCGAUCCAAUCCAGUCGUCUCUUACCCACGAAUUCCUUAGUAUCGGGUACCUCUUUACUUGCCACACCAAGUUUUAUGAACCUGAACCAUCCAUCACAUUGGAACGAAUUAGCCAUCGAUAGUUUACUGAACCAAGCUAGUAAUUCAUCGAACCUGAAUCUUUCAACCAGUUCUGAUCAACUACUUGAACCUCAAAAUCCUAAUACCACUGAAUCUUCAAAUCGGGCUCCUGUUCUUCCUACUCCUAAUCAUCCGAAUCCUAAUCCUAAUAAUCUUAAUCAAACUCCUCGUACACCUGUUAGGAUGGGAAAUGGUGAUUUGAUUAAUCCGACGUGGGAUGAAGGGGUUGGGUCUGAUGAUAGUGAUCAAGAUUUGAUUCCUCAAGUUUGA